UAAAUGUAGAAGAAGUCAUUUAUAAAGUGAAAUAAAAUAAAGAAGCCAACAGUAUAACAAUAACAAAAUUAUAUGAAAUUAUACAUUAUUUAAUAGUUUAAUAUAAGAGUUACAAAAAAAUAUUUUAAAUAAAUAUUAAAGCAGUGCAAUUAAUAAUAAAUUAUAAAAUCUAUAAAAUAUAUACACACACACAUACAAAUAAAUAAAAUAUUAAAAUUAUAAAACAAAAAUUACAAAAUAAAUUUUAUAAAGAAGCAAAAGAAGAAAACAAAACAGUGUGUAAAAGUGCAAAAAUUUAAAAAAAUUUAUUUGAAAAUGCAAUAUAAUUAAAAUACAGAAUUUAAAGUGCAUAUAAAUUUCAUAAAUUAAAUGUAAAACAAUAAAAACAAACAUAAUUAUAACAUUAUUAAAUAAAAUAAUAUUUGCUUUGAGUGACAAAAAAAAAAACAAAAAUAAUCAUAAAAUAUUUUAUCACCUCUCUCAACUCUUAAUAAUAUUUAUAUUUCAAUUAAUUAUAUUAAAUAUUUUAAUAUAAAUAUAUUAUAUAACAAAAAAUUUUUUAAUAAAAUUGUGAUGUGAUGAGAUACGACGUCCAAGAAUUACUUCAAUCUGACGAUACCAUCAGUAGGUUUGCGAAUGGGAUGGCAUAUCAUCCAUUCCUGCAGCUACCAAGGCCCACUGACUUCAGCGUAUCAUCGCUGUUGACGGCGGGUACAACAUCACCCCCACAUCAGUCACAUCAUUCUCUUAGUUCUAAUAGUAAUAAUAAUAACAGUAAUAAUAAUAAUAGUGUUAAUACAAAUAAUAAUAAUAAUAAUAAUAAUUUAUCAACAACAACAUCAUCAAUAAGUGGAACAAUAACAGCAGCACAAGGUGCUACAACACCAAAUUCAUUACAAUUAAAUUUAUCUGGUGGUCAAAAUUCACCAGUUGGUUCAACAACAAUACAAAGUCAACAACAACAUUUAAUAACAUCUAGUUUAAAUAGUAAUAACAAUAAUAAUAGUAGCAAUAAUAAUAAUAAUACAAAUCAAACGAUAUCAACAUCAUCAUCUCCUAUUAGUUCUAAUAAUAAUAAUAAUAAUAAUAGUAAUAGUAAUAAUAAUAGCAAUAAUACAACACAAUUAUCUCAUCACCAUCAUCAUCAUCAUCAUCAACAUCAUUCUCAGUCACAUUCAAAUCAAUUAAGUCCAACAAUAUCUUCAUCAUCGUCAUCGUCACAUCAUCAAACGACAUCGGUACCUUCAACACAACAAUCAGCAGUUGUACAACCACCACAGCCAGUAGUACCACCACAACAUCCACAUCCACAUCAUCCACAUCCAAUAACAGCAGGUGGUCAUCCACCAGUACCACCACCACCAGCUUUUCCUCCACAACCGUAUUUUCCAGCUGCAGCAUUAGCAGCAUUAGCUGGUAGUCCAGCCGGACCACAUCCACAUUUAUAUCCAGGUGGUUUAUUACCUAAAUUACCACCACAUCAUCCACACGCUCAUCAUCCAUUAGGUACACCAUAUACAACAGCUGAAGACGUUUUAUUAUCAUCGGUUGCUGCACAUCAAUUACAUCCAGCUAUGAGACCAUUAAGGGCAUUACAACCAGAAGAUGAUGGUGUUGUUGAUGAUCCAAAAGUAACAUUGGAAAGUAAAGAAUUAUGGGAAAAAUUUCAUAAAUUAGGUACCGAAAUGGUUAUUACAAAAAGUGGAAGACAAAUGUUUCCUCAAAUGAAAUUUAGAGUAUCGGGAUUAGAUGCAAAAGCAAAAUAUAUAUUAUUAUUAGAUAUCGUAGCGGCUGAUGAUUAUAGGUAUAAAUUUCAUAAUAGUCGAUGGAUGGUUGCUGGUAAAGCUGAUCCAGAAAUGCCAAAACGUAUGUAUAUACAUCCGGAUUCACCAUCAACGGGAGAACAAUGGAUGCAAAAAGUUGUAUCAUUUCAUAAAUUAAAAUUAACAAAUAACAUUAGUGAUAAACACGGAUUUGUAAGUACUGUACGUUGUAUCUGUAACCACUAAAAGAAAAAACAAAUUAUUUUCUUUGUGCUAAUUACUAAAAUUAAAAAAAAUUAAAAAGCAAUCCUCAAAUUUAUUACAAUUUGGAGGGUUUUCUUUUGUCGUAAAAUUUUCAUUGAAUAUGAUCAAGAGCAAAAUCCAAAUAUUUCUUUAAGAAACCUCGUAAUUAU